AUUGCAAAAGUUACCGCGUGGUAUGCAGCUCACUCCCGGCGGAGCUGCAGACCAGAGAGCCUGACUACUGGGGAGAAGGGGUGCACACAGUACCACCAGUAAAGAGCUCUCACUAAAUUGGUGAAUGAAAAUCAAAAUAACUGGGACGUGUAUUUGGACGCAACAUUGUUUUCCAUAAGGUCGAAGGUCCAAACUACUACCAAAUAUUCACCUUUUCUUUUGAUGUAUGGGAGGGAGGCAGUUUUCCCAUCUGAAGUUCCUGUUGAACUGCCACUUUCGAACAUCAUCUUACCGGAGGAGAAGACUUAUGUAACCUUUCUAAAUGAGAAGAAGGAAUCAAUGGAGAAAAUAAAGGCAAUGACAAAGGAAAACAUAGAAAAAUCGCAGGAGAAGCAGAAGAAGACGUAUGCGAAGAAGGUGUUCAAGAAAAACAAGGAUGUGCUGUACAGUGUUGGCGACGAGGUCCUUCUUUAUAACAUGAGGAAGCGUGGUAGGAAAGGAGGAAGGAUAGAGCCGGACUUCUCUGGGCCUUAUAUCAUCAAGGACUUGUGUGGCAAGGUGGUGAAAUUGGAGAAUUCGUGCGGAGUUACUCUUAAGAAAAAGAUCAGCAUCGACCACAUCAAGCCAUACAGGAGGAGUGAGGAAAAGAAAGGCGAUGUCGAAUUGCCUAAGGAAAUUGCCACCUGCGUGUCCUCCAUACCACCAAGGACCUCUGUCAUCUGUUUCGCUGCACCGGAAAAGGAGUUAAAAGCCUGUGGGAAUCUAAAGAUGACGGAUCUGUGGAAGCAGUUGUGGGACCAUACAAGCUGUAUGUUUCUUCGUUCCGUACACUGCAUGGUAAUAACUGGCUGGUUGAUGAGGUGAUUGAUGCAUACAUUCAU